AUGAGUCUAUUGUUCUAUCUAAAAGUAUAUGUUCUACGCCUCCUAACUCGCCUAUUCGCUUGGCUUGAUCGAAGAGGCGGCCCCUUGCGACCACCUGGCCCAAGUUUGAAAGUGAACAUCCCGUCGAGACUUUCCGCUUUCAAAGGAUCAUUCGAUGUGUUUUUCUAUUUCCCACCCGGCUAUGACCGCAACAAUUCUAAGGAAAAUGGGUACCCAAUCGUUGUGAACUCUCAUGGCGGAGGUUAUUGCGUUGGGCAUGCUCGCGACGAUGAACGUUUCAUUGCUGAGUUGACAUCUCGCGGUGCUGUCGUUGCAAGCGUCAAUUACCGUCUAGCACCUGAGAGUCCAUAUCCAGUCGCCAUCGAAGAUUGUUUAGACGCACUGCUUUAUAUCUGGCGCAACGCAGCCUCUUUCCAGAUUGACAAGCAUCGAACGGUUCUCUCCGGCUCAAGUGCCGGUGGCCAUCUUGCCUUCGCUUCACUUCUCAUGCUAUGGAAGAGGAUGAAGGAUAAAACCCUCCGGGUUGAUAAUGCACACAUGGGAACUGUCAAAGGAUUAAUGGCGUUUUAUCCAGUCAUGGAUAUGACCAAGAGCCGUGCUGAGCGUGCUCAAUCCAAUCCAGCAUUUUUAGCAUUGAAAAGAAAGCCACCAUCAUCAUCGAAACUUAUCGGAUCUGUUUUCGAUGAGGCUUUCUUUUGGAAACUAGAACAAAAGCCAGACAAAGGCUUUAUGUACCUCUCUCCCGGACUUGCGCCUGAGGAUGCGCUCAAAGAGGCAUUACCCCCUAUUAUAUCAUUCAAACUUGCGGGCCUUGACUACCUCUUGAGCGAGGAGAAAGAAGCAUUUCGUCGACUGAAACAGCUGGGAAAGAAUGUUGACUGUGAAGUUGUAGAAGGGGUUCCCCAUUAUUGGGACCAUAUGGCAAGAACAGAGGAGAUGAGGGAACUGAGGGACAGAUUCUUGGGAACGGCAGCGGAGGAGAUAGAGAAAAUAUGGCAGAGCUGAGGGAAGGAAAAAAGCAUUAUUAGAAGCUAGUUUUUGACUGCGGUGGAGAAAUUGUGGCGGAGCGGGGUACCAAU